UACGAAGGAGAUGCGGCCUUAUCGAGAGCUGAUUGGCUCAAGCUGUUUAGCGCGAAAUACGCCCUAUUCGAACAUAUGAAGUUCUCUUGGUGUCACGUCACAAGAGACCGACGUGCAACGUAACACUUGAACUACUCCAGUACUUCUCAUGCCUUUGCACAGGCGGUUUACGGCGCGAAACGCCUUCAUUGUUAUCAGUUUCUUGUUUCUCGGCGCAUAUUUCGUCCACAUCAAAAAUGUGAUACGCGACGAGAGCGCCGCUCUCGCGGGCACAGACAGUGAUCUCACUGAUCUCACUGAUGUCGCUGAACUCGCUGAACUCGCUUUACCACCUGACCAGCUAGUCUUGGACAGCGCGAGCGAGCACGAGAAAGAGACCAAGCAGUUACAAGUGAACACAGGCAUCAAGAUGCGCAGGACAGCAGUCGUGGUCGCAAGCCAGGCUUCGGAGAACGCGACGUGGUUGGACGAGUACUUUCCACAGUGGGAGAAGAAUAUCUACCGCGUAGACGAUCCCCAGGCGCCGCUCACGGUGCCCAAGAAUAAGGGCAGGGAGAGUAUGGUGUAUUUGACUUACAUCAUAGACCACUACGACGCUCUACCUGACAACGUCCUAUUCAUCCAUCCCAACCGCUACCAAUGGCACAACGACGACCCAGACUACGACGGUGUACCCAUGCUGCACCACUUUCAGCUUCCAUACCUCGAGCAGGAGGGAUACGUCAACAUUCGAUGUGUGUGGUCUCUUGGGUGUCCUGAUGAGAUCAAGCCACUAAAAGAGGAGGGUGAGCAUAGAGCGAGUAUACAUGCCGGUGGCUACUACAAAAAGGCGUUCCAGGAGCUUUUCCCGGAUACACAGGUACCGAUACGUGUUGGUGUGAGCUGCUGUGCGCAGUUUGCAGUGACAAGGGAGAAGAUUCGGCAGAAGAGUAGGGAGACGUAUAUAAGGUAUCGGGAGUGGUUGAUGAAUACAGAGUUGGGCGACGCAAUUAGUGGGAGGGUGUUGGAGUAUUCGUGGCACAUGAUCUUCGACAAAGAGCCCGUUCACUGCCCAAGUGCGGAAGACUGCUAUUGCAAAGUUUUUGGGCUCUGCAACCUGAAGUGCAACACAGAAGCCUGUGAAGGGCGAUAUAUGCUGCCACCUUUUGCGUCCCUACCACAAGGCUGGCCCCUCGUAGGAUGGAACGACGAGCCACGUCAAAGAGCUGGAUCUGAAGAAUAACUCCAUCAACCAAGGACACAUACCGCACAGUCUCUCGCAUUGUGAGCAGGUGUCGUGGGUCCCCUCAACGGGAAAAGCAUCCACGAGAGCAAAAUAUUGUUUUCCCCGAUAUCGGCGAUGAUUCUUGCUCGAACCGGAUCCGGAAGCUCUGUCGCAGAACUCUAUGUGCUGUGCCGCAUCAAAUUUCACAUAAAAUGUGUCAACCUUUGGCUUAUGACGCGACAAUGGCGGUUCUUCAACAAUAACCUGCAUACGCUCGC